AUGAAACAAGUCAGGAAGGAAAUCUACAAAAGCUUCAGUAAAGUGGUCUUUAUGCAGCACAGGGAUAUGAUGGACCAGGGUACUAAUGCUCGAUAUGGCGAUAUAGAGUUUGAUCAAGAGCAGUUAAGAGAUAUUGGAUAUCCCGGUAAGGGUGGUUACAGUGCCUAUGACUACUCAUUUCCAUUUAAUGAUCAAGCCUUCCAGCCUCUUUAUGUCAAUGCUAAGCAACUUAAUUGGAUAAAGAAAAGAAAGGCAAGGCGAGAUAUGCUAGACACCCUCAUGGUAACAAGUAAGAGGAAUUACCUCCACGAAAGCCGCCACAAGCAUGCCAUGAAGAGAUUGAGAGCCCCCUCAGGCCGGUUUUUGACUAAAGAAGAAACAGAAGAACUGAAUAGAAAAGGAAAUUCCAAUUGA